AUGGCGAAAAAGGCGAUCGACUCCCGUAUCCCAUCGCUUAUAAGAAAUGGUGCUCAAACCAAGCAGCGGAGCUUUUUCGUCAUUGUGGGCGAUAAAGCGCGUAACCAGUUGCCAAAUCUGCACUACUUGAUGAUGAGUGCGGACUUGAAGAUGAACAAGUCAGUCUUGUGGGCGUACAAAAAGAAGCUUUUGGGCUUCACCUCGCACCGCAAAAAGAGAGAAGCGAAGAUCAAGAAAGAGAUCAAGCGCGGUACGCGUGAGGUCAAUGAGCAGGAUCCAUUCGAAACCUUCAUCUCGAACCAAAACAUUAGAUACGUUUACUACAAGGAAACCGAGAAGAUUCUGGGUAACACAUAUGGUAUGUGUAUUCUGCAAGAUUUCGAGGCUCUAACCCCUAACCUCCUUGCACGUACCGUGGAAACUGUCGAAGGUGGGGGCAUCGUCGUCAUUUUACUGAAAUCGAUGACUUCGCUGAAGCAGCUGUAUACCAUGACCAUGGAUAUACAUUCCCGCUACAGAACAGAGGCCCACAGCGACGUGGUUGCUAGGUUCAACGAGCGGUUUAUUUUAUCCCUGGGCUCCAACGAAAACUGCCUCGUGGUCGACGACGAACUCAACGUGCUUCCAAUCUCUGGGGGCAAGAACGUCCAGCCCCUUCCUCCCAAGGACGAGGACGAGAUCCCACCGAGACAACAGGAGCUUAUUGAGCUAAAGGAGUCUUUGGAGGAUGUACAACCCGCUGGUUCCCUCGUAGCACUGUCGAAGACCGUCAAUCAAGCUCAGGCUAUUCUGAACUUUAUCGAUGCUAUUUCCGAGAAAAACUUGAAUUCGACAGUUGCGCUUACGGCCGGAAGAGGUAGAGGUAAAUCUGCAGCGUUGGGUAUUGCGAUUGCAGCCGCAGUCUCUCAUGGGUACUCCAACAUUUUUGUCACCUCUCCAUCUCCAGAAAACUUGAAGACUCUAUUCGAGUUCAUAUUCAAAGGUUUCGAUGCUCUUGGAUACCAGGAGCAUAUGGACUAUGACAUCAUUCAGUCCACUAACCCAAGCUUUAACAAGGCAAUUGUGAGAGUUGAUAUAAAGAAGAGCCACAGACAGACCAUUCAGUACAUUGUGCCCAAUGACUCCCACGUGUUAGGACAAGCAGAGCUUGUUGUCAUAGAUGAGGCAGCGGCUAUUCCGCUUCCUGUGGUUAAGAACCUUUUGGGUCCAUAUUUGGUGUUUAUGGCAUCGACAAUUAACGGUUACGAGGGUACCGGUCGGUCCCUAUCUCUAAAAUUGAUCCAGCAGCUUAGAGACCAGGCCAACUCCUCCGGCAGAGAGACUUCAGAGACGAUGGUUGUGUCAAGAGACAACAAAAAACAGGAUUUCCACGCAUCCGGGAGGUCAUUGAAGGAGGUUGUUCUUGAUGAGCCUAUCAGAUACGCGCCUGGUGAUCCCGUUGAGAAAUGGCUGAACAAACUUCUUUGUCUAGACGUCACCUUAAUUAAAAAUCCAAGGUUUGCCGCUAGAGGAACUCCUCAUCCAUCGGAAUGUAACCUGUUUGUUGUGAACAGGGAUACGUUGUUCUCUUAUCACCCAGUAUCAGAGACCUUCCUGGAGAAAAUGAUGGCACUAUAUGUGGCGUCACACUACAAGAAUUCACCGAAUGAUCUGCAACUCAUGAGCGAUGCCCCAGCACACCAGCUCUUUGUUCUUCUACCACCAAUCAAUCCAAAGGAUGGCGGAAGAAUCCCGGAUCCUCUUGUUGUUAUUCAGGUCGCUUUGGAAGGUGAAAUCUCUAGAGAUAGCGUAAAGUCUUCGCUUUCGCGUGGCCAGAGAGCAGGUGGCGACCUUAUCCCAUGGCUGAUUUCUCAACAGUUUCAAGAUGAAGAGUUCCCAAGCUUGAGUGGUGCUCGCGUUGUUCGCGUGGCCACUAACCCAGAGUACUCUUCGAUGGGCUACGGGUCUAGAGCUAUUGAGCUUUUGAGAGACUACUACGAAGGCAAAUUUGCCGAUCUUAACGAAAAUUCGAAGCCUGCAUCGCAUGAACUAAAAAGAGUCAACGAUCAGGAGCUUUCAAAGACCAAUCUCUUAAAGGACGAAGUCAAACUGAGAGAUGCCAAAACACUUCCGCCUUUAUUGUUGAAGCUUUCUGAGCAGCCUCCUCACUUCUUGCAUUACCUGGGCGUUUCCUAUGGACUGACAAGCAGCCUUCACAAGUUUUGGAAAAAGAAUAAGUUUGUGCCAGUAUACUUACGCCAAACUGCUAACGAUUUGACCGGGGAGCACACUUGCGUAAUGCUCAACGUCCUUGAAGGGAGAGAGUCUCACUGGUUGUCAGAGUAUGCCAAUGACUUUCACAAACGUUUCCUCUCUCUGCUUUCCUAUGAAUUUAGGAAGUUUAGCGCGGUUCAAGCGCUCAAUGUGAUUGAAAGCGUUAAAAAGGCAAACGGCUUGUCUGGUAACGCAGAGAACAAGCACGCAGCUCGUCCUCUAACGAAAGAGGACAUUGAUCAAGUUCUUUCUCCCUUCGAUCUCAAGAGACUCGACAGCUACGCUAACAACUUACUAGAUUAUCAUGUCAUUGUUGACCUCUUGCCACUGCUGUCAUCACUUUACUUCUCAGGCCGCAUGGGCAGCAGUGUUAAUCUCUCCAGCGUCCAAAGUGCGAUUUUGCUAGCUGUUGGCCUUCAACGGAAAAGCGUCGAUGAUGUCUCUAAGGAACUGAACCUCCCAUUCAAUCAAGCUAUUGCAAUGUUCGCAAAGAUCAUAAGGAAAUUUUCAAUAUAUUUCCGCGAGGUUGUGAGUCAGUCCAUCGAACGUUCUAUGCCAGAAGCCAAAGAUGACAACAUUGCAGAAAUGAAUGGCGAAGAAGUUACUGCUUUGGAUGCUUCCAGUGUUAUGGAAAAAAUGGACGAUGACCUCGAAAAAGCCGGUACACGCGCUCUCACUGCCAUGCAGGAGAAACAGAAAGAACUCAUCAAUUCACUCAACCUAGACAAGUACGCCAUUGAUGACAAUGCUGAAGAAUGGGCUCAGUCCAAAAAGGAUCUCGACAAGGCUGCCAAGAAGAACGGGACAGUUGCUGUAAAGUCGAAUAAGAAGAGAAAAACGGAAAACGCUGAAGAUAUCUUCAACGCUGAAAUGAGCGCCGUCAAAAAGUCAUCAAAGAAAAAACCCAAGAAAUGA